UUCGACUGCAGCGGGAAGUCAAACCAUCGUAAUUGCUAUUGUUACACAGUUGAGUUAGCCAGUGUAGUUUCCCUGGGCGCUGAGGCGUGGCGCUGAAGCGACGCUGUAAAGUUCCAAGGCGCACUCAAAGAUGGCUGCUGAUUUAGAGGAACAAAAGAAGCUCAUUCUGCCGUUUAUGCAGAGAGCCCAAGAGAUACAGCAGGCGGAUCCAAAGGUCGCAUACUACUGUAGGCUGUAUGCUGUGGAGCAGGCCAUGAAGCUGCCCCAGCGGGCCAAGGAGAUCAAUUCGCUGCUGGCUGCAACGCUGGGUCAGUUGGAAAAGGAUAAGGCCCGGCUUGAGCUGGAUCCGGCGGCGGAUCGGAUCCACUGCCUUGGAUUCGCCCUUCGCAUUUUUGACAACGCGGAUCGCGUCGAUCGGGCGGGGAAAGCCACAGAACGGACCUCCAAGGCCUUUUAUGCGGCGUCGGUGUUUAUCGAGAUCCUGAACGUCUUCGACGGCGGGGUGGACUCGGAGCUGUUUGAGAAGCAGCGCUACUGCGCAUGGCGGGCUGCGGAGAUCAGGAAGGCGCUGCGGGAGGGCAGGCAGCCGCUGCCGCCGCCGUCACCUCAACCUGCCGCCGCCGCUGAUGGAGCCCCCGCUGCUGCUGCAGGAAGAGGGCCCGGAGGUGAUCUGACGGAUCUGCCGCCGGCUUCUGGAUCCAGCGAUUGGGCGUACGGCAGGUCGGAUUCGGCUGCAGUAGCAGUGGCGGCGUCAGGAGCGGCAAUCCAUGCUGUUGAGGCAGCGGGGGCGGCAGCGACGGCGGCGGCGGCGGUGGCAGGCGGGAUGGCACGCGGUGCUAUGGGGCCGCGGUUUGCUCCGGGCUGUCGGCUGCUGGUUCGUACGGAGGAGGGGCUGGAGGGCGGCGGUGAUGAGGAGAUCCAGCAAGGCACUGUGGGCAUGGUCGUACCCAGGCCCGACGGCGGCUACAGCUACAAGGUAGCCCUGCGCGACCGCCUGAUGGAGUUGCCUGAUGAGGCAGCCGUGCCCGCUCUGGCGGAGGGGGAGCCCGUGUACCUGCGUCUGGGAGCAGCCGGGGCAGGAGGUCUGGCGGGGACGGUGCUGCUCAUCAACGACGCCUCCUGGCCGCCUACCUACCUGGUGCGAACGGAGGAUGGCAGGGAGCUGGCGGCAGAGGCAACACAGCUGGGGCCGCCGCUGCCGCCGCAGCAACAGGCGGCCGGUCCGGUGGCGGCGGCAGCGCAGCCGCCAGCGCAGCCGGAUACGCUUUUGGACGCGGCCUUCUCCACCGGAUACGCUCCAGCUGGGUCCAAGUCCUAUUCGGGGCCGCGGGCCUCCUCUCCGCUACCGCCGCAGCCACCUGCGGGCCCGGCUGCGGGGCCCAUGUCCUUCUCGGGACCCCUCCCUCCUCAUGCCGCCGCGCCACCGCCGCCGUCAGCGCCCGCACCCGCACCUGGGCCCUACCCCACCGUGAACGGCAGCGGUACGGGUUACGGAGCGGCUCCUCCUGUACCUCCACCGCCGCCGCAGCCUCCAUCGCAGCAUGCCUCGUCUUCGCAGCAUGCCUCGUCUUCGCAGCCGUACUCGUACGGGCAUCAGCAGCAGCACCCGGUACAUGCUGUGGCAGCGGCGGCACCGCAGCACGGCAGCUGGGCAGGGGCGGCACCUGCAGCAGCCGUGCCAGCACCUACACCCGCACUGCCCCCCGGAUAUAAGCCUCCGCUACAGGUGCUCACUGACGCCCAAAAGCAGGCGAGGUACGCGGUGUCAGCGCUUUCCUUUGAGGACAUCCCCACCGCCGUGAAGCACCUCACGGAGGCCCUCAGACUGCUCACCACGCCCCAACAGCCGCAGCAGCACCCGGCUGGGGCCUUGCGACGGUGAACGCGGCUGGCAAAGAGGGUCGCGCCCUCACGGCAGCACGUACCGUUUGUGUGUUAAAAUAACGUUUGUGUGUGUGCGCAUGCAUGGAUGCAGCGAUGCAAAUGGGUUAGUUACGUGCCUGCUUUGGCCUGUAGCGGCCAACUGAGGGCAAAAAACCGCCGAAGGGGACGAGGAAUUAGGAAAGGGUCGGCUGGGUCGCAGCGGUUUGCCAGUAGGGUCUGGCAAGGUUUUUCUGAGCAAGGUUGGGGUUUGCCUGGAAUAUCCGCCUUACAUAGUAACACUAUAGCAACGGAUUAGACCAGCUUGCUGCGACCCAGGGUGCAGGCCCUUGCACACCAUGCAGGGGGGCCCGGGGGCCGACUUGUGGCCAUGCUACUCCACUUGUAGGUAGGGUUAGGCAGGGGCUGAUACCGUAUAAACAGUGUUGGGGCGAUCGGAGGCGAACUUUUAAAGGCGAUUGUUUUGCGGUUGUAUGGUUGCUGCUCCUUGCAUUU